AUGUGCAAGGUUAUCAUGACCAAGUAUGGAUGUGGACAUACCAUCAAGAACUAUCGUGCCUGUGAGAAUGGCCAUGACGCCAGCACCGGUAUGCUUGGAUGCUUUUCCACCAAGGCCAAGUAUUGCUCCCACCCCCGAGUAGAAAUGAAAACACCACUUUUGGGCCUUUGCGAUAAUUGCCGAAGCGAAGCAGUCAAAAAGGCUGGUAGGAAGCCCAGAUCAGAGAGCAAGCAUAAAGUACCACUUGGCCGGAGUGCCUCCGUCAAGGGGCCUCCGAACAUCACACUUGUGAAGGGAUCCGCCACUGGAGGACACGAAUUCACCCAAGCAGAGCCACCGAGAGGAAGAAACAAGGAUACCUCCAAAGGCAAGUCCAGAGAAAGCUCGAGACAUCCUCCCCUUGCUCCCCGUCCUGCGCCCCGCACAGCCCUCGAGAAGGGAAAAGGUAGGUCUUCUUCCGUACCUCCUGAGCUCACUCUGCUUCCUGCCACUACUUAUAACCCCAAUGGGCCGACCAUUCCCGCGCCGGUGGGGUCAGCCUCCAAAUACCAGAACAGGCCGCUGCCCGCUGUUCCCCCCAACUCUUCCAAAUCUUCGAGGAUCAUCGGGGGAUCAUCUGGUUCGACCUCUAGAAGCAACUCACACUCCAAAAACGGGGGCCGCCCGCACAAGGGCAAGGGCAGAGAGCCUCCUGCCCCCCCUGUACCGCUCAGCUCAUAUUCAUCUCGGCCACCGAGGGGCGAUGUGAACGCUCCGAUCCGGGAAUCGCAAAGGUUUUUGAACCCCGGCCCGGCCCCUUCCCUCCCGCCUCAGCACACCGGCAGAGAAAAGCUGCCCAAGAUCAUCGUCGAAGAACUCCGACUCGAACAGCUCGACAGGGAGAGAAGGGAAAGGGGCCGCGGGCCGGUGCCGCAACAGCCGCCGCCUCACCAGCCUUACAUUAAGAUCGGCUACAACAUGCCGCAACACCAGACAGGGCAAGUAUCCCAUUCCCACUCCCAACCCCAUCACUAUCCCCCCAGCGCUAGCAUACACAUGGAGAUCCACGCCCACGUCCCCCGCAGAAAGCUCUCAAAGACUCGUCUCAACGAAGCUGCUGACCAUUUCGGCAGUACAUCUAGAUCAACCAGCAAGACCCGCGAGCGUUCCGCCUCCCGUGGCCGUUCACAUGGCAGCAGCAAAGACAAGAAGCACCAAAAGCAGCCCAGCGCCGCCAGCUCCUUCAUGACCAAGAUCAAAGCCGGUCUUAGUGGCUGGGAUGAUGAAGGUGACGAUAGCGACUCGGACUCAUCAUGGGCAUGCCAAGAGAGUCGUGCAAUCGAGCGCGGCGAGAGCACGCUGCCGAGUCGUAAUACCUCUAGAAGGACCAGUGUUCAUGGCGGUCCUUACAUGCAUGGUGCGAUGCAGAUUUAG